ACUAGUUCCAUUGCAUGUGUAUUAUGUGUGGUUGUUGUUGGUUAGGAAGAAACAUUAACUUAGUGAUUAAUAGUUUAAAUAUAAUUAAUUUAGUGUGAAAUUAUCUAUAAUUUAGUAUUCAUUUCAAUAUUUGUGUUCUUAAGUUCGUUAUUAAAUAACAUGGGAACAUAAUUAUUAUAUAUUCAAAGCAAAGAAGUAAUAUUUGGAACAACUGGAUUGUAAGUAAUCAGACUGUCACAUUACAAGCCUAAUAGGCCUAGUUAAACAAAUACUUAAAAUUCCUAGAUUAUGAAGUGUUAUUACGAUGUUUUGGGAAUCCCUCGUGAUUCUAGUGAAGAUGAGAUAAAAAAAUCUUACAGAAAAUUAGCUUUGCAAUGGCAUCCAGAUAAAAAUCCCAACAAUGUUGAAGAAGCUAAAAUUCAGUUUCAACUAGUUCAACAAGCUUAUGAAGUAUUAAGUGAUUCUCAUGAGAGGGCUUGGUAUGAUAAACAUAGAGAAUCAAUUUUAAGAGGCGGUCUUGGGUCAAAUUAUGAUGAUAGUGCGUUGGAUGUUUUCCAAUAUUUUACAUCUAGUUGUUUUGCUGGUUACAACGAUGAUGAAAAAGGUUUUUAUAGUGUUUAUAGGGAAGUUUUCAAUAAAAUUGCUGCUGAGGACUCAGGAUUUCACUCUGGUUCAGACAGUGAUUUUGAAAUACCUACCUUUGGAAAGUCUGACAGCAGCUAUGAAGAAGUUGUGCACCCUUUUUAUAGUUUCUGGCAGGGAUAUUCUACUAAAAAAUCAUACGCUUGGUUAAAUGUUCAUGAUAUUACAGAAGCUCCUAAUAGAAAAGUUGUAAAAGUUAUGGAGAAAGAAAAUAAAAAGGUUCGUGAUAAAGCCAAGAAAGAGCGAAAUGAAGAAAUAAGAAAUUUGGUUACGUUUGUUAAAAAGAGAGAUAAGCGUGUACAAGCACAUUUGAAGUACAAGCAAGAAAAAAAGAGUAGUGAUCUUAAAAAAUCCGAAGAACAAAGACAAAACAGACUUAAAGAAAGAAAAGAGGAAUUGGCUAGCUAUCAAGAAUCUGAGUGGUCCAAGUUUUCAAAUUUAAAAAAGGAAUUAGAAAAUAUAGAAUUAAAUGUAGCACAUCAGUUUGGUGAUAUUUCAGAUACUGAAGAAUCUAACGAUGAAUAUGAUGAAUUAGAAACAGAUAGGCCUAGGCCAACAAUUAAAAAUGAAACCUUACAUUGUAUUGCAUGUAAUAAAAUAUUUAAAACCAUAAAAGCUUUCCAAAAUCAUGAAAAUUCAAAAAAACACAAAGAAAACAUUGCUAUCUUAAAAUUAUAUCAGGGAAAUGAAGAUAUUUUACUCAGUGAAUCUGAUAGUUGUUCAGAACAAAGCCAUAAUGAAGAUUCAAGGGUAUUAAAUGAAAUUGAACACACACCAUUGGAAAAAAAUAGAACUUCAGAAUCCAGCGAUUCACAGUCCCUGGAAAGACAAAUUAAUGAAGAACUUCCUAAGAAAAAAGAUAAAAGGACCAAAAAGAAGAAUAAGAGAAUGGUUUCUCAGUCUCUACUAGAUGUUGAUGAAGACUUGAGUGAUGCAACAUAUCUAGAAGAUUUAAUACAAAAUGACAGCAAAAGAAAUAGAAAGAAAAUUCUUCAGCAACAGACUAUUUUAAAUUCAAAGAGAGAAAAUAAAUGUAAUGAAGUAGACAUUGAAGAAAAUAUGAAUUUAAUUAAAAGUGAUAUGCAGUGUGAAAACAUUGAAGGAGAAAUGACAGCCUCAGGAUGUGCAAAUUUUACAAAUAAGAACCAAUUGGAAGAACAUGAAAACAGCACUAAAAGUAAUUGUAUUUCUGAACAAAAAUCAAAUAUUGCAGCCAGCAAGAUAAACCAACUUAAAGAAAGUGAAAACAAGGUUAAAAGUGAAACUAUAUGUAUCACAUGUAGGUGUUCAUUUAAAUCUAAAAACAAACUAUUCGAUCACUUGAAGAAAUCAGGACAUGCUGUUGGCUUAGCAAAAAGUGAAGAGAAAGUGUCAACAAAAUCAAAGAAACGGUUAAAAAAUAGCAAAAAGUAAAACUUUUAGUGUAUUUAAAUUCACUACAGUCUGUAAAUAAUAGUCCAUUGUCUAUUACUGAAAUAAAACUAUAUAAGAUUGAUUGAAAAAGUAGUCUUAUUAUGGAACUUCAUGCUGUGGUAUGGUAUUUCAAUUUUUCAUAAAUUAUGAAAUACAUUCUGGAAGUUUGUUAUGCAUUUUAGUAGUAGAAAUUAACAUGUAUAAAAUAAAUAAUCCAACUUUA